AUGCCACUGCCGUUCGGUCUGAAGCUGAAACGCACCCGGCGCUACACGGUGUCCAGCAAGAGCUGCCUGGUGGCCCGGAUCCAGCUGCUCAACAACGAGUUCGUGGAGUUCACGCUGUCGGUGGAGAGCACUGGCCAGGAGAGCCUGGAGGCCGUGGCCCAGAGGCUGGAGCUGCGGGAGAUCACUUACUUCAGCCUCUGGUACUACAACAAGCAGAACCAGCGCCGGUGGGUGGACUUGGAGAAACCUUUAAAGAAGCAGCUGGAUAAGUACGCGCUCGAGCCCACUGUCUACUUCGGAGUGGUGUUUUACGUGCCUUCCGUGUCGCAGCUGCAGCAGGAGAUUACCAGGUAUCAGUAUUAUUUGCAGCUGAAGAAAGAUAUCUUGGAAGGAAACAUUCCUUGUUCAUUAGAACAAGCUAUUCAGCUAGCAGGCUUAGCAGUUCAAGCUGAUUUUGGGGAUUUUGAUCAGUACGAAUCCCAGGACUUUCUGCAGAAAUUUGCCUUGCUUCCUGUGGGGUGGUUACAAGAUGAAAAAGUGUUGGAAGAAGCAACCCAAAAAGUGGCCUUACUACAUCAAAAAUACAGAGGCCUCGCAGCUCCUGAUGCGGAAAUGCUGUACAUGCAGGAGGUGGAGAGAAUGGAUGGCUACGGGGAGGAGAGCUACCCGGCGAAGGAUAGCCAGGGAAGCGACGUGUGCAUCAGCGCGUGUCUUGAAGGUAUCGUUGUGAAACACAAGAAUGGAAGGCCUCCUUCGAUGUUUAGGUGGGCUGAUAUUGCUAACAUGUCCCACACCAAGUCCUUCCUCACUCUGGAGCUGGCAAAUAAGGAGGAGACCGUCCAGUUUCAAACUGAAGACAUGGAAACAGCAAAAUAUGUCUGGAGACUCGGUGUUGCCCGACAUAAAUUUUACAGACUGAACCAGUGUAGCCUGCAAACUCAGACGGUCACAGUGAACACAGUUAGGAGGAGGUCUUCUUCAAGGAUGUCUCUGCCUAAACCUCAGCCUUACGUGAUGCCUCCCCCACCUCAGCUGCAUUAUAACGGACAUUAUACAGAACCCUACACUUCUUCCCAAGAUAACCUGUUUGUGACCAACCAGAAUGGAUGUUAUUGUCACUCUCAGACGAGUCUGGACAGAGCCCAGCUGGACUUCAGCGGUCGCAUCCGCAACGGCAGUGUCUACAGUGCGCACAGCACCAACUCCUUAAACAACCCCCAGCCCUACCUGCAGCCGUCGCCCAUGUCCUCUAACCCCAGCAUCACGGGCAGCGAAGUCCUGAGGCCCGACUUCGUGCCCUCACACCGGCACAGCGCCCUCAUCCCCCCCUCCUACCGCCCCACCCCGGACUACGAGACGGUGAUGAAGCAGCUGAACCGAGGCCUGGUGCCCGCUGACCGGCAGAGCCACUCGCUGCGUAACCUGAGCCUGGGCAGCUCGCACGCCUACAGCAGGCCCGAUGCCCUGGUCUACAGCCAGCCCGAGAUCCGCGAGCAUGCGCACUUCGCCGCCCCCCAGUCAGCCCCCUACCCCUUCCACCUCAACUACAGCUUCCACCGGCAGAGCCCCUACCCCUACCCCGCAGAGCGGCGGCCCGUGGUGGGCGCCGUCAGUGUGCCCGAGCUCACCAACGUGCAGCUGCAGGCCCAGGACUACCCGGCGCCCAACAUCAUGAAGACCCAGGUGUACCGCCCGCCGCCCCCCUACCACCACCCCUGCAGGCCCGCCAACAGCACCCCGGACCUGUCCCACCACCUGUACAUAAGCAGCAGCAACCCGGACCUCAUCACGCGGCGAGUCCACCACUCGGUGCAGACCUUCCAGGAGGCCAGCCUGCCGGUGGCCCACUCCCUGCAGGAGGUGAGCGAGCCCCUGACGCUGGCCCGCCACGCCCCGCUGCACAAGAGGAACAGCAUCGAGAUCGCGGGCCUGGCGCACAGCCUGGAGGGCAUGAGGCUCAAGGAGAGGACCAUGUCCGCCUCGGCGGCCUUCUCCGCCGGCUCCCAGCCCAACGUGUUCGCCGAAAGGAGGCCGGAGGGUCCCGACGAGCAGGAGGGCCUGAGAUACGACCACAAGAAGUCCCUCUCCGACGCCACCAUGCUGAUCCACAGCAGCGAGGAAGAGGAGGAGGGUGAAGAGGACAGCAAAGCCGGGGCCGCGCUGGCCCUGUGUGCCCAGGAGCCCCGGCAGCUGGCGGCGCCCGCGGGCACUUACUCCACAGAGCCACUGCUGGGCUGCGCCUGCGGCCCUCCAGCCGGCCCACUACAUAUCCUCGAGCCGAAGCCCCUGGUCACCGAGGCCGAGAAGAGGGCCAAGGACGUGGGCCCCCUGUACCCGAUGGGCGAUGCCCAGCGGCUCCGGAGGGAUGGGAGGCUCAUGCCCUCCAUGUCUGAGUCCGACCUCACCACGUCAGGCCGGUACCGAGCCAGGAGGGAUUCUCUGAAGAAGAGGCCCGUGUCAGAUCUCCUGUCAGGAAAGAAGAACAUCGUGGAGGGACUUCCGCCGUUAGGGGGCAUGAAAAAGAGUCGAGUAGAUGCAAGAAAACCUGGUCCUCUGAAAUUGGCCGCCCUCAAUGGACUCUCUCUGUCGAGGCUGCCCCUGCCUGAUGAAGGAAAGGAAGUGCCUACCAGAGCAACCAAUGAUGAGCGGUGUAAAAUUCUGGAACAGCGGUUAGAACAAGGAAUGGUAUUCACAGAGUAUGAAAGAAUUCUCAAGAAACGACCAGGAGAUGGGGAGUGCUCGAUUGCGCAGCUUCCAGAAAACGCAGACAGAAAUCGAUUCCAAGACGUCCUUCCGUAUGAUGAUGCCAGGGUGGAGCUGGUCCCAACUAAAGAAAACAAUACUGGUUACAUCAAUGCCUCACAUAUGAAGGUCUCUGUCAGUGGAAUCGAGUGGAAUUACAUUGCCACGCAGGGACCACUGCAGAAUACGUGUCAGGACUUCUGGCAGAUGGUGUGGGAACAGGGGGUUGCCAUUAUAGCAAUGGUGACGGCAGAGGAGGAGGGCGGGAGAGAGAAGAGCUUCAGGUACUGGCCACGACUUGGCUCCAGGCACAACACUGUCACCUACGGGCGGUUCAAGAUCACCACCCGCUUCCGCACGGACUCUGGGUGCUACGCCACCACAGGCUUGAAGAUGAAGCACCUCCUCACGGGGCAGGAGAGGACGGUGUGGCAUCUGCAGUACACAGAUUGGCCUGAGCACGGCUGUCCCGACGACCUCAAAGGGUUCUUAUCAUACCUUGAAGAGAUCCAGUCUGUUCGACGCCAUACGAAUAGUACCAGUGAACCAAAGAGCCCCAACCCUCCACUACUGGUCCACUGCAGUGCUGGUGUGGGCAGGACUGGCGUGGUCAUUUUGUCAGAGAUCAUGAUCGCCUGUCUGGAGCACAACGAGGUGCUGGAUAUUCCACGAGUGCUGGACAUGCUGAGGCGGCAGAGGAUGAUGAUGGUGCAGACCCUCUGCCAGUACACGUUUGUCUACAGAGUUCUCAUUCAGUUUCUGAAAAGCUCAAGGCUCAUAUAA